AUGUACCCAAUACACGUCCCUCUCCUGCUGCUGCUGCUGCUGCUGCUGCUGCUGCUGCUGCAGCAGCAGCAGACGGUGCAGCAGCAGCAUGCUGCUGCUGAAGAUGAGGUCCCCACGCAGCCGGCGUUGCAGCUAUUUGUGCCGCUGCUGCGGCAGGCGCGCAGCUGCAGCCUGGCUACCCUUGGGCUUGAGUUAGUAUCAUGGAACGAGGAGGAGGCCCCUGCUGCUGCUGCUGGUGCUGCUGCUGCUGGUGCUGGUGCUGCUGCUGCUGCUGCUGCAGGUGCUGCAGCAAGCCCCUCUUCAGCAGCUGAUGGAGGCAGCUGCAUUCGUUCUAUCCGUGUGCGGCGUCUGCGGAGGCCAGUUGACUCUUCUUCCCCGCAGCAGCAGCAGCAGCAGCAGCAGGAGCAGCAGCAGCAGCAGCAGCAGGAGGAGCAGCAGCAGGAGGAGGCUGGUGAGAGUUCGUUUGUGCGUGUAGAUGAGGAGACAGCUGAGCUGCUGCGGGGGCCCCCCUGCUGCUUAACUGGAUUGAGAGAAGGAGAAGAAGCUGUGCUGCAGCUGCUGGGGAAUGUCCGCGUGCUGCUGCUGCCGGGAGAGAGGCAGUGGGCCGUGCGGCUUUGCUUCGAUUGA